AGGGGCGAGGACCGCAUUACUUGGGAGAAAUGUCCUACCGGCUCUGACCGGCUGAAAUUCUCAGACUCAGCCUUUUACCCUCUGUCUCUCUCUCCCGUUCGCUGGACAUCUACUCCCUUCGGUCCAGGCUCCUGGGCUCCUGUCCCACCGCACCCAGACCGGAGCUGAGGCUUGAUGGGAUCCGCGUCCUGGCUUUGAGUGCCUGGGGUGCAGACUGGACCCCUAGGCGAGCACGUGGGUCUAGCGCAAGAGCGGAAUGCCCCCUGCCCCCAGGGGCUGCCUGGGGAAGCGCGCGGUGGACGGGAAGCGCAGGGUCCGGGCAAGCAUCCCGAGCCAUUCUUUCCUUUCCACACUACUCUGGCUCUGCACCGCCUUUCCGGAGCCGCCAGAGUCUGCGCGAGGCCAGGACCGUUCCUCUACGCUGGCAGAGUUGGGUGGAAACUUGGAGACCAACGGAAUGCGGACAGCACUGGGGUCUGGGAAACCAGCCUCCUCGCCGCUGUCUCCCCCACCGCAUGCCACGGCAGUCUCCAGGUCUCAGACGGAAAUCUGGGCGCCUACUCCCCUCAACCCUACCUCCACCCCAUAGGGGAAUUCACCAUCUGAACCGGGGUCUCGGAGAACGUGACCUCUCACCUUCCAGGGAGGUCGCCGGGAGGCGCUUGGGGCAGAAACUCCGCUGAGCAGAACUUGCCGCCAGAAUGCUCCUCCUGUUGCUGAGUAUCAUCGUCCUCCACGUCGCGGUGCUGGUGCUGCUGUUCGUCUCCACGAUCGUCAGCCAAUGGAUCGUGGGCAAUGGACACGCAACUGAUCUCUGGCAGAACUGUAGCACUUCUUCCUCAGGAAAUGUCCACCACUGUUUCUCAUCAUCACCAAACGAAUGGCUGCAGUCUGUCCAGGCCACCAUGAUCCUGUCGAUCAUCUUCAGCAUUCUGUCUCUGUUCCUGUUCUUCUGCCAACUCUUCACCCUCACCAAGGGGGGCAGAUUUUACAUCACUGGAAUCUUCCAAAUUCUUGCUGGUCUGUGCGUGAUGAGCGCUGCGGCCAUCUACACGGUGAGGCACCCGGAGUGGCAUCUCAACUCGGAUUACUCCUACGGCUUUGCCUACAUCCUGGCGUGGGUGGCCUUCCCCCUGGCCCUUCUCAGCGGUGUCAUCUACGUGAUUUUGCGGAAACGCGAAUGAGGCGCCCAGAUGGUCUGUCUGAGGCUCUGAGCGUACAUAGGGAAGGGAGGAAGGGAAACCAGAAAGCAGAAAAAGAAAAAAGAGCUAGCCCAAAAUCCGAAACUCAAACCAAACCAAACAGAAAGCAGUGGAGGUGGGGGUUGCUGUUGAUUGAAGAUGUAUAUAAUAUCUCCGGUUUAUAAAACCUAUUUAUAACACUUUUUACAUAUAUGUACAUAGUAUUGUUUGCUUUUUAUGUUGACCAUCAGCCUCGUGUUGAGCCUUAAAGAAGUAGCUAAGGAACUUUACAUCCUAACAGUAUAAUCCAGCUCAGUAUUUUUGUUUUGUUUUCUGUUUGUUUUGUUUUACCCAGAAAUAAGAUAACUCCAUCCUGCCCCUUCCUUUUCAUCUGAAAGAAGAUACCUCCCUCCCAGUCCACCUCAUUUAGAAAACCAAAGUGUGGGUAGAAACCCCAAAUGUCCAAAAGCCCUUUUCUGGUGGGUGACCCAGUGCAUCCAACAGAAACAGCCGCUGCCUGAACCUCUGUGUGAAGCUUUACGCACACACGGACAAAAUGCCCAAACUGGAGCCCUCGCAAAAACACGGCUUAUGGCAUUGGCAUACUUGCCUUUACAGGUGGAGUAUCUCAGUCACACAUCUGAAUGAGAAAUCAGUGACAACAAAUCUUUGAAAUGGUGCUAUGGAUUUACCAUUCCUUAUUAUCACUAAUCAUCUAAACGACUCACUGGAAAUCCAAUUAACAAUUUUACAACAUAAGACAGAAUGGAGACCUGAAUAAUUCUGUGUAAUAUAAAUGGUUUAUAACUGCUUUUGUACCUAGCUAGGCUGCUAUUAUUACUAUAAUGAGUAAAUCAUAAAGCCUUCAUCACUCCCACAUUUUUCUUACGGUCGGAGCAUCAGAACAAGUGUCUAGACUCCUUGGGACCGUGAGUUCCUAGAGCUUGGCUGAGUCUAGGCUGUUCUGUGCCUCCAAGGACUGUCUGGCGAUGACUUAUAUUGGCCACCAACUGUAGAUGUAUAUAUGGUGCCCUUCUGAUGCUAAGACUCCAGACCUUUUGUUUUUGCUUUGCAUUUUCUGAUUUUAUACCAACUGUGUGGACUAAGAUGCAUUAAAAUAAACAUCAGAGUAACUCA